AGCGCUUCAUCAUUCUAGUAUCCAUCCCCUUAAAAAAUCUGCGCAUCUGGAAAUCCAAUAACAGCAACCAGCCGCGCUCAUGGACUCAACAGUCUCCACCCCGCUUUCUCAUCCGCCUGAACCCAGAAAUCGAACAAAAUCGUCUUCAAGGCGCUCUAAAUUUCGUCGAGUCUAUGUUGCUGCUGAAGUAUCCCCUUCCGCCCCAAACCAAGAACCAUUACCAGAGAAUCGUGAAAUGGGUGACAAUUGUGCAGAACCAGUUGUAGCGGUUCGCAGGGGACGCAGGAGCAAGAAUGUUUCUUCAGUUUGUGCCUCUCCGAGGAAUGCCAGAAGGCCCAGAAAGCGAUUAGAUCAGGAAAUGGCGAGAGACGAAAAAGAUUCUGGGGUAGGAGAGGAGGUGAUUAUUAAGCCUAGAAAGAAGAGGCAAAUUGCCAGAUUAAAGAAUGAUAAGCUUGCCUUAGCUCCUUCAGUGCCUUCUCCAAGAGAAGAAGGGGUUGAUCUGGACAGGUAUGGGAAGCUGAUAAGUGAUGUUUUGAUGUGGAGAGAUGUUGCAAAAUCAAGUCUUUGGUUUGGUUUUGGGUCUCUCUGCUUCUUAUCUUCCUGUUUUACGAGUGGAAUUAACUUUAGCAUUUUCUCAGUUAUGUCUCAAAUGGGGCUUUUCUUUCUGGCUGUGUCAUUCAUCUUGAAUACUCUCCGGCCAAGAGAAAUUGUUGAAACUAAGACUGAAAUGAAGCUGAAAGAAGAUGACAUUUUGAGAAUGGGUAAAUUCAUUCUCCCAGCAGUAAAUCUUGCAAUUUCAAAAACAGGAGAUGUGUUUUCUGGAGAGCCAGCCAUGACCCUUAAAGUAGUCCCAUUCCUGAUAGUUGGAGCUGAAUAUGGACAUUUCCUAACUCUAUGGAGGCUUUGUGCACUUGGGUUUUUCAUUAGCUUCACUGCUCCAAGAUUAUAUUCAUCUUACUCUACCCAAAUACGAAGAAAAGGAGAGUGCAUUAGAUGCUGGGUGAUGGAAUCCUGGUGUGCUUGUUCUCACAAAAAGAUCAUAGCACUAUCAGUAUUUUCAGCCUUUUGGAACCUCACAACUGCCCGCACCCGCAUUUUUGCAGCAUUCAUAUGCCUUGCAAUGAUCAGAUACUAUACAAUUUAUUCUGGAGAAAAGGUUGAAGAAGUUGUAGAAGAGGCACAAGAACAUAACGAUCAAGAACAAGAGAAUGAUCAGAAGGAGUUGAUUGAUUGCAUAAAGUGUGAAGACCAUAAAUAACUCUAUUUUUGCAGAGGAAUUCGAUUGUAAUUUGCUUCUUACAUUUAUGAAAAUAUAUCCAUGUUUUCUUCUACCACAAAAGAAGCAAAUUUGAUACACCAAAUCAUUAUCUAGACUGAAAUACACACUUCUUCACCAUAGCCAUUGGAAAAAGAGGUUAACAAAAUGAGAGAGAAAGGGAGUGAUUUGUUUGACUUUGGCAAUCUGUGACAGCACCUCGCAGGAAACUUGCACACAACAUGUGGAUCAUACAUCAUAACUGCAGGCUGAUGUAUUUCAAAAGGAGAAGAAAAUCAGCACAAAUGUCUGUAUUCCUACUAGUAUAAUAUCAUUAGUAAUAAUUAGCAUUAAAAUAAAUGACAGACUCAUCAACACUCAUUUGCAAUACAAAAUGAAUAAUGAAUGAAUUCCAAAAUAUUGCAAUUUGGUGAUACACAAGCAUUACUGCAAUUUUGAAGAUUGGGCACAAGCAAAGCAAAUCCAGAGCAACCAUCUGCAGAUAGUUUAGAGUGGAAAUUUUGCUAAUUAUCUCCAAGGCCCUCCAAAAAAUCAUCACACGUCAUCGUUGACAGCUGAUUAAAUAAAGAAAGGUGUGAGUUGGUUGGUACUUGACUGUCUUAGUUUGAUAUUCUUAUAUUUUGCAUGACAACUUAAAUCUCAGCAAACUUCCAAUAUGUUUGGGUUGAAUGACAAUUAAACACAAUUAAUAUAAUAUAGUCUUAUACCACGCGAGAUAUAAAUAACUCAGAAGACAAAAGGAACAUUAGAAUUAUUAUUUUUUAAAUAAUCUACCCAAAUUCCAGUUUCUUCAAAUAAGUCCAACAUCUAAAAACAUCAUUUUUCUACUAAAAUGUGAAGCUUUGAGACAAAAAGAAA